AAUGCUCUUUCCUUCUUGCUUGACAAGAGUGUCUCCCAAGGCGCUAUUCAAGGGCUCAAAAUGAAACGUAAUUGCCCACAUCUGUCCCAUUGUCUGUUUGUAGAUGAUACUGUCAUUUUUGGCAAAGCUUCGAGAGAGGAGGCUCAAGCAAUUAUGGCGAUCAUCGAAACUUACAAAUCCCUGACAGGACAAGAGGUCAAUGAUAACGAUGUAAUUGCACAUAUUUGCGCCCCUAGUUCUUAUCCGUUUGAGGGGCAUAGUCGUGUGUUUUGGCCUAUUUUACGCCGGGUUGUGCUAUUUUGUCAUGUUUCAGGUCCCAGGUGUCAAAGGGAAGGCUAAGCGCGAGUUUCGGGGCAUUCGGAAGUCAUUUCGGUGAGCUGGAGCCAAAACACGGGCACACCUAAAUCAUUACACGGCCGUGUUCUGUGACCGUGCUUUUACUGCCGAGAGCUAAUUCGAGUUUGGACCACAUUGGCCAAAACACGGGCAGGGCUGAGAUAGAACACGGGCGUGCUUCACCAAAGCACGGGCGUGUUCUCCCAAAGCACGGCCGUGUUUGCACCAACACAAUGGCCGUGUAAUUAACCCUAGCCAAAGCACGGGCGGGCUGAGGCAAAGCACGGCCGUGCCCUCGACCGUGCUCUCGACCGUGCUUUGGCCACUGAUGCCUUUUUAAGCAGAUUUUCAGCCAAACAGAGGGGGAUUCGAGUUUUUGAGAGAGAGAACGAUUCCUAGAGAGAGAAAGCGACGAACAAGAGUCUCCAAGUGCCCUAGCUUGAUCUUCAUCACCAUUGGAGGCCAGUUUGAGCUUGGAGAAGUUCCGAUCAACGUCCAGAAGCAGGAAUCCAUCCUUCACAGUAUGAAUUCCGCGUCUGAUUCUGCUUUUGCUUUCUUCUCCAUGGAGUAGUUCUCCCAUUCAUCUGGGUAUGGAGAACCCUAGAUUUGUAUGUUAGGCUUUGAUUGUAUGAACCCAAGUACUAAUUCUAUGAUUGAUUAUAUUCGAUUGAGGUUUGAAUGAUUGAAUGACUUGAAUCCUGAUCAAAUUCCUGUUGUUUCUGCUUUAACCUAGAAUGAGAAUAUCUGCCUAGGUUAAUAGAGUAUCCUUGAUUAAAGGUAGGGAGUGGUGACUUUAGUCGAGGAGCCAACUCACUAUUCUGUACCGGAUUUACUCCGGUAGUGGAGGUUUUGUUCUUAGGGCCUCAAUCUGUUUACUCCGGUGGAGGUUAGUCGCCCGCUAGAGAUUCAGAUUGAGAGGGUCUGAAGACCUUUAGUCGAGACUUCAGGUUGUUUAAGAACCUUCCGCAGUAUAACUAUCAUAGAACUUGAACUUGGCAAUUACAAUUCGGCUUAACUGCAGUCUAGGGGGAACCAUAUCCGGGUGACCUCUCUUAACCUGAAUACAACAGUUUACUUGCUUUGUUUGUGUGGUAGUUUAGACUUGCAUUCCAGUUUCAUUGCUAGAUAACAAGAAUUCACCGAGUAGUCAUCAAAUCUAGGACCCGGGUUGAUAAUUAAACCUAAACCCGCUAUACUACGCUUUAGGAAGUGGUUUCACUUGGCCAAUUCCUAGGGUGAUAGUAGAGUCGAGUCAGUCAACAUGGAUAAAUCCUUAGUUUUUUUCGAGCAAGAAUACCCAGAGGACCUUCGUCACCUUAUCACGAGCUCUUUGAGCUUUCCUUCUUCCAUCCACCAUGAUAAGUACCUGGGGGUCCCGACAGAAUGGGGUCGUUAAGAAGGAAAAUUUUUCCUUCCUAAUCGAGAGGAUGGAGAUUAAGGGAGAAUCUUGGAAGAGUCUCACACUCCCGCAUGGGGGAAAGGAAACUUUGCUCAAAGCUGUUAUCCAAGCAAUCCCAACCUUCAUCAUAAGUGUUUUUCUUCUUCCUGCCUCUCUCACGAAGAAAAUGGACUCUCUACUCUACCGGUUCUUUUGGUUGGGUUCGAUAAAAAAGAAAGCCAUCCCUUGGCGGAAAGGAGAAGUCCUCAACGACCCGAAAUCGGAAGGUGGGUUGGGUUUUCAGAAUUUUCACUUGUUUAAUCUCUCCUUGCUUGCUAAGCAGUGUUGGCGUCUCCUCAACGAACCGGAAGCCUUAUGGGUAAGAGUUCUCCGUGGCCUUUACUUCCCGAAUGGAGUGUUCUCUUCUUCCCGAAAAGGUAGUUCCUCAUCUUGGAUUUGGGAGAGCUUCUGUUAUGCAAAGCAGGCUCUUGACAUUGGAGCUAUUCGGGUCAUCGGAUCGGGGGAGAACACUUGGUUUCACAAAGAUCCUUGGGUCCACCCACUCCACAAUCAAGGGCACAAUAUCUCCUCCAAUCUUGACCCUCCCUCCCGUGUGAAAGACUGGAUGAAUCAAGAAGGUACAAGCUGGAACUUUGACCUCCUUAGAAGACAUUGCACAUCAGAGGAAGUCGAGGCUAUUUCACAUAUCCAGAUUUCCCUUGAGGGAACAUAGAAUUUUUGGGCAUGUAAAUUCUGCCCUACUGGAGAAUUCUCUGUCCGCUCUGCUUACCAUGGUUUGCGUAACCAUUUCCGUCAUCAUAACCAUCCACACGAUCUCAACAUGCCAAACCUCAGAUGACAGCUGGAAAUGGCUUUGGUCUCUCAAGCUUCCUCCAAAGAUCAAAAUUUUCAUGUGGAGGUGCAUUCGAAACGCCCCUUGCAACAAACCUCAAUCUUUUCUGGCGCAAGUGUGCACCUUCCCCCCUUUGUCAACUCUGCCGAUCGACGGAAGAAACCCCCAUUCACUGCCUUUUCCUUUUACCUCAUGCAUCCGAAACUUGGACUAAGGUUCUUCCAUCUUUUUCUCCCCCACAAAACCUCACUCACUGAAUUUUCGCCUUGAAACGUUAGUCCGAUCUUUCUUCUAUCCGCCGCCACAUCUUCUGCAUUUGGAAGAUUUGGAAGGCCCAUAACGAGAGUAUCUUUAGAGGAACAACUUUGUUCCCAACAAAUACUUCGAUAUGUGCCUUCCAGGAAGCGGCAGAACCCCAUUACACACCGCACCAUCCCUUCCCUUCUCCUCAGCCUCGGGUUCUCCCAUCUCAAUCAUGUCCACCACCUAGCAAUCUUCAACAGAUUCACUUUGACGGCUCCUACGAAAGUGAUUCACUGAGGGUGGCUUUUGUAGUGGUUAUUACCGACUCCAACGGACAGAUUUGCGAUGGGAAGGCUGGAAGAUCAUUUGCUCUUCCCCAAUUGAAGCGGAAGCUACAACCAUUCUUGAAGCAAGCCUUAUUGAAACCAGUGACCGUGUUCUCUCAUCGAUCCAUUUAGAUUGCAAAACAUUGGUGGAUGCCAUUUACAACAGCCCUGCAUGUUGGCCAUGGCGUUGUUAUGCUUCCCUCUGUUCUAUCACCAACAUCCUUCGCAGAUCUCCUUGGAUCCAUAUCUCCUUCACUAGUAGAUAGAACAACAAAGAAGCUAGCUAGGUCGCUCGCAACUGUAGACAAGAUACCCUUCAUGCCAAUUGACUCUCUGUUUUGGUUGUAAUUUCCAGCAUGUUGUAGCUUCUCUACCUCCUUUGGGCUUGAAUGAAUGAAAUUAUUAUUAAAAAAACGAAUUUAAUAAUCAUAUAUAAAAACAUAUUUGAAUACAAUCUACAUUCAUAUAUAAAUAAAAUAUAAUAUUCCAAAUAAAAUAAUAAAUAAUUAUAUUUAAAUACAUUAUUUAAGGUCAACACCCGAAUAUUUUUACUUAAAUUCCAACAAAUAACAUCAAUGUUUAACUUUCAAAUUCAUGAAUAAAUAAAAACAAUAUUUUUAUAAUUAAAUUUACCAAAAUAACAUAAUUUUGUUUAGAGGUCGGAAAUCGGUCAUAUCGAUGGUAUCCCAGCCAGUUUCACGACUAGCACCAAUUAUUCUAGAUUUAUUCGACCGAUAUUCCAUUGACUUGACAACCAUGGGUGGAGGCGACACUCAUCACGACAAUACCAAUCAGUACAAACAAAACCCAGUUGCGUUAGUAAAUUGAGAUGAAAUUUUGGACCUCAACUUUGAUGAUUUGGGCUAGGCUAAUUAUUCAAGGAGACCAAGACUACUAAGUGCACAUGAAAAGUCCACUUUUGACAUUUUCUUAUAUAGUCUAAUUAUAAAUUUUCAUGUCUAACUUACAAAAUUAUUGAUUUUAUCAAAUAAUACACCAUCAAGAGAAAAUCCGACAUAGGUCACGAAAAUUCAAAAUGGAACAACUAAUGUCAAUGCUAGUAUGUCAUCAUCCGCAACAUAGCGCGAGAUGUUUUCUUGUUGAGAUUAAUUACAAAAGACCCGCUUAAUAAAUAGUAAAUGACAAA